GACUGGAUAGCGAGAAGACUCUAAAAUUCUAGGAAAAAGAAAGGGUUUAAAACAGAUUGUGCUAAUUGUAUUGACUGCCGGGAAAAUUUACUUGGUUUAUUAGCAGAAGUAGGAUGCUCUCUCUGUGUAGCUUAAUCAUAUUUGCUAUAACAAAUUCUUCUAUAUGAUAUAUGAUAUACUCUUGCAGCUGAGAUUGAAAAUAGAGGGUGGAUGAGAAAAGCAGAUCUGAGGGAAAACGAUGAAGGAGACGAAGCCAAAGAUUCCAACUCUGUUACAUCGUUGGGAACGUUUCGGAAAAAGUCCAACGUUGUCCCACCGUAAUUGGUGAACCAACCAGUGGAACGCAUCGUUUCGAUUCGGGGAUGUUAAUUCAGAGACCAUUAUUUCCCAGAUUUCCAUUUUCCAAGCUGGUCAAAAGCUUUGGACUAUCUUCGUGGUGCUCUCUCAAUGGAUGUGGCAACUACUGCCUCCAGUUAUGUGACCUCUCCGGACGACCGUAUCAAGCUCAACGUCGGCGGGACGCUCUUCGAGACGACGCUUGCCACCCUUCGUUCCGGUGGUUCGGAUUCCCUACUCACGGCUCUCUCCCUCCGUGACACCGGCGAUAACCACCCUGUUUUCAUUGACCGCGACCCCGAGAUCUUCUCCGUCCUCCUGUCCCUCCUCCGAACCAAGCAGCUCCCCUCCACCGCUCGUCGUUUCUCCAAGCAAGAGCUCGCCGAUGAAGCAAUUUACUACGGCAUCGACGCCCAACUCAGGUCGGCCAUGGCGCCGUCACCAUUGGAUGGGAUCGACGCCUCUAGCACCGCAACAAUUCGACCGGCGUCUGAAGGCUUGUCUCCCACUUUCACCGCCGCCGAGGUCGAUGGAUCCAUUUGGAUAGCCCACGGUGGUCAGAUUUCUUGCUACGACUGGAAUCUCAGCCACUCAUGCACCAUUCGAACCCAUCUAGACGAAAUUGAUUCGAUUUGCCGUGUCUGGCCCGAAAUUGCGGCUAUAGGGUCAGAAUCCAACGCGGGACUGCACUUCUACGAUUUCUCCGAUGGGCGCAACAUCGGGACGGUUCAGUGGACUGAUCCUUCUGAUCCCCGUAUCUUCAAGGCCCGAGUGAACGCAAUAGCUGGCUCAGAGAGUUCCAUUUUUGCGGCGUUUGAUUGCCCGCAUAGAGAGAAUUGUGUCCUUGAAAUAGAUAAAACAACGCUUCAGAUCGUGUCUCAGCUCGCUAGACAAUCCGGUAAUCAGGCUAAGCAUACGGUUCCUGGGAAGCUGACGUGGGUACCCCAGAACGGCGUGCUUGUUGGAAGUGCAGUUACGAGCGGGGCUUUUGGAUACUCUGGCUACAUCAGAUUGUGGGACCCUCGUUCCGGCGAGGUGGUGUGGGAGACGAAUGAGCCGGGUGCAGGUAGAAGCAGUAGGUUUGGGGAUUCGUUUGCGUGCGUGGACGUCGACGUGGAAGGCUUGGCUUUGUUCAAGCUCUGCUCUCAAUCCGGGGAUUUGGCAAUGGCGGACAUGCGGCAUUUAAAAGAGGAUCCGUGGAUUUAUUUGCAAGAAAAGAACCCAAGCUUGGUGAACACCGGGAGAGUUAGCAGCAGUGUGAUUCAUUGUUACAGGAAGCAGGUGUUUGUCGGGAGAGAGGGUGAUUUAGAGGUUUGGUCCAGGCUCGAAGGGAUGAAAAAUGGUGCAGAAAUAGCUGGUGGAGAUGCUGAGGGUUUGUAUAGAAGAAAUUUCGUGGACAAAAUAGAGGAUUCAGAGAGGGGGAUUAUUAAGCAGAUCGAUGGUGGUGGGAACAGGUUGUUUAUUAGCAGAGAAGAGGUUGAAGGUAUUGAAGUAUGGGAGAGUUCUUGUUCUUCUGCCGCGAUUUCAGUUUUGUGAUCAAGGAAUUGUCAUGGAUAUGAGAAUUUGGUCUCAAACCGGCUUUAUUUAGUUGAGCGUGGUCAGCCUACUUUACAACAGACCCUUUUGCAUUAUGCCAGAGACUUUUCCUCCCUGGAAACUGCGAUUUUAGGCAAGUAAAGCAGUCCUGACUUUUUGUCAUUCCAUUGUCAACCUGUAGUGCACAAGCAAGGUCAUAAUUUAGAAGCAGCGUUCUUAUGCCUCAAAGGUUACCAGGUUUUCUGUGCAUCUAAGGAUUUUUGGAAGAAUGUCUGAAAUCAACCCUCCUUUCUGAAGUGACAAUUAAUUUGUAGUGCAUAAGCAAGUUUCUACUUGCUCUUUCCUGGAAAAAUCAUCAUUCACCUACUAUGAGGCUGGAUUUUUCAUGAGUCGAGAGUUUGAAAUUCAGUUGUCUCAAAUCAAGUUGAUCUCCCAAUGAAAUGUUCUA